AGAUCAAAUUCCACUCAACUAAGUAUUACAAAUCAUUGUGUGGUGUUGCGACAGUGACGAAGUUCACUCGAAACGAGGCCCCACCCGCGCCACAGUAAGUGGCGCGCAUGACGGUCAAAUCGGAAAACUGGUUUUAUCCCCGGCGAAACCGCAGAUCUCAAAAUCUCACUCGCCUCACUCCUCUUUGUAUCUAUCAACUGAAGUACUAAUGCCUCAAUUCGAAAGCAAAGUCUACGCGCCGGAUCAAUAUGAUGACGUCAUACUGGGCGCCCGUGGUGCCUGUCCUUGAAGAUGAUUUGGCUCACCAAUUGCUUGUGGAUGGGCCGCCGGCUAUCGUCGCCUUGCUUAUUCCAGGGAUGUCGAUGUACAUGAGUCUAUAUGCAUUAGCAGGAGGAUGGAAAUGGACAAGCAGGGCGUUGGUGCUACCUACGCUACUGCUCUUCUGGGCGAGCAUUGAGAUUGCGCCAGUGAGGUGCUUGGCGCUUCGUGGAGUAUUCGAUUUCGGGAUUGCGAUUGGCCUCAUGAAGUUGCUCGAACUACAUGUGCUGGCCUGGAAGAAUCAGUUGCCAAAGUACACCAGCGGCACACCUCCAGGACCAUCAAUAGUAGCACUACUCCUACUCACUGAGUUGCGCUACGAAUCGUUCUCACCGAACCCAAUUAGACUGGCACCAUUACCUCCGUAUCCCUUCCCGCGCUCCCCGGAAAAGAGGAGGCUUUUCUACUCAGAACCUGCUCAGCUUAUCAUCCAUAUUGGUAUGUUCCUCGUCAUGCAAAGCCUACCUCAAUACGCGCCAGUCAAAGCGUUUGGCGUUCUUCUGAGCAUCUGGAUCAUCUUCACCACUUGCGAGCUCGUGCUCCGCUACAAGACUAGCCCGCCGCUUUUUGCACCCAUCUAUCUUGCCGACAGUCUCGCAACCUUCUGGACCGAAAUAUGGCACAACGCCUUUGCAUCACCUUGCCGCACACUCGCGUACAACCCAACGAUGUGGGUGCUUGCCAAGGUCGGAUUCCCUCGGCAUAUUGCGCGAUCACUCGCUGUCAUCGCCUCGUUCGGUCUGAUGGCUGCCUUCCAUGCAGAGAUCAUGUCACCGCUUCUACCGCCAGAGGGCAAGAAGCGGAUUGGGCUUUUCUUCGUGCUCAACGGGAUCUUCACAGUUACCGAGGUGGCUGUCUGGGGGAAAAGGAGGGAUUGGCGGCGCGCGCUGAUGGCUUGGAUUAUUGAGCUUUCGCUCGCGAGUUGGGCGGUCCAAACAGCCCAGGUAGCUGAUGGACUUCUGAACGCGGACUGGAGAGGUCUGUGCCGGCCCAAGAUACAGUGAGACUCGUCUCUGUAACUGCUUGUCACAGCAAUAUCUCUCUCAUAAUCACCUUCAAACAAUUGACUAAUGUCUGAUCUGAGUUGGAUACUGGCGGUGUCUCGAAUGUAAGCGAGUAACGCAUCAGUUACUAUAGGAAAUAGUGUUGAUGAUCGAAGGCUAUCAACGUACAGGGAAGAGAUAACAGAAUCUUCCAUCUGCGCCCAAACAAGGUUAUCUUGGUAUCACUGAGAGGUCACUUAUGCACGUGGGGUUCAGGACCUAAAACGACAGAGCUGAAAGAUUGACCUAAUGACGUAGAACGUAUAUAUAGUCUCUUCUCAGGAGGCUCGG